AUGCCUUUCCUUAGCCGUGUCCCGUCGUCUCGAGAUCUGGGACGGUCGUGGGCCAAGAUGCAUCAGAAGAGAAGGAAGAUGGAGGCUGAACCAAUUAUCCGAUGCGCAGAUGAACCCACGGGCGACGCCGCCAAAGACAAGGCCCAGAUUCGACGAGCUCAGGUCCGGAAGGCCCAGAUCCAGCACCGGCAGAGAAAGGCAAACUACGUCAAGCAGCUCGAGCUGGACGUAUCCCAGCUGCGGGACCUCAUCGCGCAGGCCCAGCAGGAGACGUUGCAGAUGCGCAAGGAGAACGACACUAUCCGGGACCUCAUCAGGAGAACCGAGCCGGCAGCCCAGCCGCCAAAUACACAGGCCGAUUCGACGUAUUUCUCUACUACAGACUCCCCCGGUACGCGCCUAGGCGGCAUGUCUGAGCUCGAUGCCCAGGAAUGGCUCGCUGCGGGCGGACAGCUGUCAGACCUGGACCUGAACCUGAACCAGAACCAGCAGCCCCUGAUGCCGUCGACGUCCAAUGAGCAGGAAAUGUUUGGCCACAUCAACCUCGACGACAUUACCAUCUCGCUGGGCAUCAACGAUCUUCUCGGCACGCCCUGCUUCACCAUCGACAACCCUUCCGUCGGCAGCAGCGUCCAGGGCUAUGUGAGCCCCGCCAGUUUCGACAACCCUCCCCAGACGCCGCCCUUGACUCCCCAACAAGAGCAGAUUGUCAUGAACUGGAUAUUAGCCCUCGAAAACGUCUGCUGGGACCACUUCCAACACGACGACUUCCACUCGCACAUGCCCGGCGAGACGGAGCCCUCCAACAACCACUUCCUCACCGCAACCUCGCUCUGCAUGAACGCCGCGCCGCCCUCCAUCUUCGCCGACCGCCAGGUCUUUGCAGGCAUCGACCCGGCCACCACGCAGGCGCCCACCUUCCAGUGGCACGCCAACGGCAUCUCCAUCAGCUCCCUCUGGGCCCUCGCCCAGUUCGAGGUCGACCCUACCGAGAUCUCGCCCGUCCAGAUGUGGUUCGACCUCGCGUCAAAGUAUCCCUACGAAUUGCUCUUUGCCGACGGCUUGUUGACGUCGCUCUUGAUUGAGCUGAGGCCGUAUAUUCGGUGUAUCGAGUAUGGGGCUGCGGUGAAUAGGCAGUUUUACUUGGAUGUUGUGGAGAGGAUGAUUGGGCCGCCUACUGUGGUGUAA